AUGCGAGCGAAUCCAACGGAUGCGUUCUGCUUUGUAUAUAGUUCCGAUCUUCAGACGAAUGUGCAGAUCAAAGUCAUCGAGUUUGAAGGGAUUUUUCGCGAUGCGUUGAAUCCCACUCGACGAUUGUCGCAGUUGUUCGCCGAAAUUACGGUUUAUUGCAAUCAACGUCCGGUCGGCUAUCCAGUAUCUACCUCAUUCCGAUCGCCGCCGAAUUCCGGCCAACUCGCUCGUCACAAACUCAUUCAUUCAUGGAAUGAAUGGCUCACACUGCCGAUUCGCUAUAGUGAGCUGAGUCGCGACGCAUUUUUACAUAUCACGGUUUGGGAAGUUGAUUUUGAGGGCAUGGAAACAUCAUGCUCGAACUCAACGUUCCCCAGAAAAUUGGUUGCUCAAUCACAACUGUCAUUGUUCAGCAAACGGGGAAUUAUGAAAGCGGGCACGAUUGAUGUCCAAAUGAAUCUGACGACGGUUGGGAAUCCAUUUGAACGGGUGCCCGAAACGUGGAAAUAUUCGGACACGAACGACAAUGUCGAUGUGCUAUUCAAACAGGUCAAACGACAAUCGCGCGGGCUCGUCGAAGACGUGCCCUGGCUCAAUGCGGUCAUUUCGAAGCAAAUCGAGACGAUCCGAGCGCUUCACAAGUAUUCGACGGUCGAUCGGAAUCUGUUCGUUGUUCUCGAAAUGGCGGCCGUACGGUUUGGGAUCACUCAAUACGAGGUGGUCUACUACGAGGAUGAAACCAAAAAUUUGCGAAUCAGUGCCUCACUUGGCGGUGUCGCCAUCCCGUACACACGGGUCUCCACGGCGGAUCCUGAGCUCGGAUUUGAAUCGUUGGCUGAGGUGAAGCAUAGCGCGAUGACUCGCCGCAAAGGAUCGACUUGA